CCCAAAAGGACGUACCCCAAACCAGCUCAAGCGUUCGUGUUCCGUGAAUCCUUCGCAAGGACAUCCUGUCAGUGACGGCAAAUAGACUGUUCACUCACUAGGAUGGAGUUAGCAACGGAGCGACCCGCUCAUUACAGUCAUCUUCCUACUGCUUCUUCGAGCCUCUCGGACUUUAACGAGAUGUGGCUCGACCUCGAGUCUGUGCUGCUGGACGAGACUCGCGAGGACCUCUUCGCCGUCCACGACGCCGCGCCGCCGCCGCUCCCGCAGGGCGCUUGCGGAAGCCCCUCCGUCGCCCCCUGCACCUCGCCCGCCCUCUCCUACCCACCCACUCCGCCCACGGCCGAGUGCGACGCCUCCGUGCAGUCGCUGGACUUCGCCACCCUAUGCUCGCCGCAGAAGAGCGGCGUGACAUCCCUGCCACCCAUGAGCGCCGUCUUCGGGGGCGUGAAGCGCGAGUUCGAGCAGGUCGUGCCGCAGCAGCCGCAGCCGCAGCCCUCUCAGCAGCGCCACCAACUGUACCAGCUGCCCCACGCCCAGCCGCAGCAGCAGCAGCUUCAGCUUCAGCAUCAGCAACAGCAACUCCAGCAGCAUCAGCAGCUGCAGCAGCAGCCACAACAGCAGUACAUGUGCCCGACGAGCUCGGCGCCGACUGCCUUCCCCGGGUACGGCCAGUACUACCCGACCCACCCGCACCCGGCGGCCAUGUCCUCGGCGUACACCACCCACACCACCUCCCUCGCCACUCAUACGACCGCCCACGCCGCCCAUCCCUCCCACGCCGCCCAGACAGCCGCUCCCCACCUCGCCCACGGCGCUGCACCCUCCAACACGCCCUUCGGCAGCAUGUACCAGUACUGGGGAGGCGCGGGGGUGGUCCUGACGCCGCCCUCGUCGCCGCACGCGCCAGGCGUCGUGGCGGCACCCGUGCUGUGCCCGCCCGCCGUGUCCGCCUCUAGCGCCCCGCCGCCCGCGCGCCCACGCCGCCGCCGCGCCCGCCGUCGAGUUAUCAUCCACAACUGCCCGCAACCGUCGUGCAACAAGACGUACACUAAGUCGUCGCACCUGAAGGCGCACCUGCGCACGCACACGGGCGAGAAGCCGUACACGUGCAAGUGGAAGGGCUGCGGCUGGAAGUUCGCGCGCUCCGACGAGCUCACGCGCCACUACCGCAAGCACACGGGCGACCGCCCCUUCCAGUGCCGCCUGUGCGAGCGCGCCUUCUCGCGCUCCGACCACCUCAGCCUCCACAUGAAGCGCCACAUCGCGCUCUGAGCGAGAGGCUCCACCGCAAGGGCACAUCAUGCUGUGAGAAUGCUUGCUCGUGCGCUCUCUGAGACUCAUUCAGCCUCCUGAUUCAUCCGACGAAGCGGCCUCCUGUGCGCCCCGCUCCUGGGGCUCCGUCAUUCUCCAACCUUCCUCUUCUCCCCCCCCCCCCCGCUCCCUUCUCCUUCUCUCCCUCCUCCUCACCCUAGUCACAAGCCGGGAGGAUCUCACAAGAAUCUCUUCUAACUUGAUGUACAAAUGUAAAAAUAAAAAUGUCCGCAAAGGCAUGUAUUAUCAUAUGUUUAUAUUAUUGUAUUGCGUUUCUAUGUAAAAUAAUGUUAAAAUGUGUGUUUUUUGUAUUGAAUAAAUUAUAUUACAUAUAUGUAAA